CAUCUGGUGACGCAGUUCAAUAUGGAUCGUCCUGCAGAGUCUGUUGGCAAUGACCCGUGGAUUCUUAGUAUCUCACGUCAUUUCAGCUACCUAGGUCACAACAUUAGGCUUAGUCGAGAUUUUUUCCGAAGACUUGUUAGUGCAAGUAUUUUGUCGUUUGAUGACUACGACUUUUUCGCUGCCUCUGAUGAUGCAAAAGAUCGGGAUAAGAUGGUAGAUCAUCUACUCUCUAUUCUUCGACGGCAGCCACCCAAUCUCUUUGAAGCGUUUUGCGGAGUUUUACGUGACGUUGGAAGCGGUGACAUUGCUCAAUGCCUUUUGACAGGUCAAGGAAGCAAAGUUGAUGCCUUUGCUGGAUCCAUAAGAAUGAUGGUUGUCUCAGUUUUCUGUCCAGCACAACAAUGCAUUUCCAAGCAUAACGUAUUCAAAGUUCAGUAAUUGUAAGACCACGCCUACAAAUGAUGGGGCUAUUAUAGCCUACAGCAGUAGCGGAUGCAGGAUUUACGUAAAGGGGACGCCUAGUCUAGAAAAAUAUUGCCACGCUUGCGAAUUUCAGAAAAUGCAAUA